UGUAUGUUUUUGUUAGGGGAAAAAAAGUUGUUGCUAGUUUGCUAACGUUAAGUCGCGUGAAUGUAGCGUGUCCGUCGUGUUUCGCCCCUCGGGUAACAAUGCGGGGCAGUGCGAGCGUUUUACUUGUUUAAGAAAAAAAAAAGAAAGAAAGAAAGUGGGAGAGCGAGCGAGGGGGCUUCGCGAGGCUUCACGUCCCAUCUGGCCCGGAUCCGAAAAAAAAAAAAAAAUCUCAGUGGCCAUCAUCGUUUCACCUCUGCCGUCUCGUUAGCCACCUAGCUAGCUCCGCCGUUAGCUCCGCCGCUAGCACCGUUAACUUGCCUCAACAAAGUCAACGCUGCCUCGCCUCACGGCUUCCAGCGUCGGGGAGAAUAAAGCCACCGCGGAGAUGGCGGAAACCAAAAUAAUCUACCACAUCGACGAAGAGGAGACGCCGUAUUUGGUGAAGAUACCCAUCGCAGCCGAAAAUAUCACUUUGCUGGAUUUUAAACAGGUCUUGAACAAGCCGAACUACAAAUUCUUCUUCAAGUCUAUGGACCAGGACUUCGGGGUGGUGAAGGAGGAGAUUUCCGAUGACGGUGCCAAGCUGCCUUGUUUCAACGGCAGAGUGGUUUCAUGGUUGGUGUCUUCGGACGCUCCGACGGCGGAGCCCCCGGUGGCGGUGGUGCCUCCGGUGGAAGCAACUCCCCAGCCUUCGCCCCCUCCUCCGCCCCUCCCACCCCCACCCGCAGAGAGGACCGGGGGCAUCGGGGAUUCCAGGCCGCCCUCCUUCCACCCCAACGCUACAGGCAGCGUGGAGACGCUGGACGACCAGACCGAGACGGAGUCCGUGGUCUCCUUCAGGAGGGAGAGACCUCGGCACAGAGAGAGCUUGGAGCCUCACGGGCCUCGAAUGAACGGCCAGACCCGACUGGAGCGCCACCUGGCUGGCUACGAGAGCUCCAGCACGGUGAUGAGCAGCGAGCUGGAGACCACCAGCUUCUGCGACUCGGAGGACGACGACACCAUGAGCAGGUUCAGCAGUGCCACAGAGCAGAGCACAGCUUCGAGGCUUCUCAAGCGCCACCGCAGACGCCGGAAACAGCGCCCCCCGCGCCUGGAGAGGGCCUCGUCCUUCAGCAGCGUGACCGACUCCACGAUGUCCUUGAACAUCAUCACCGUCACUCUCAACAUGGAGAAGUACAACUUCCUGGGCAUCAGCAUCGUGGGCCAGAGCAAUGAAAGGGGCGAUGGAGGCAUCUACAUCGGCUCCAUCAUGAAGGGUGGAGCCGUGGCGGCGGACGGACGCAUCGAACCUGGCGACAUGCUGCUGCAGGUGAAUGACAUCAACUUUGAGAAUAUGAGUAACGACGAUGCGGUGCGAGUACUCAGGGAGAUUGUCCACAAGCCCGGCCCCAUCAUCCUGACGGUGGCUAAGUGCUGGGACCCGUCUCCUCAGGGCUACUUCACGCUGCCUCGCAAUGAACCCAUCCGACCCAUCGACCCAGCAGCGUGGGUGAGCCACUCCGUUGCCAUGACGGGGGUCUACCCCCCCUUCCCAGGCAGCUCCUCCCUCAGCACCAUCACCUCGUCGUCCUCCGUCACGGAGACCGAACGGUUUGACGACUUCAACUUAUCGCUGCACUCCGACAUGGCGUCUGUCGCCAAGGCGAUGGCCUCCCCAGAGUCUGGUCUGGAGGUCAGGGACCGCAUGUGGCUGAAAAUCACCAUCCCCAACGCCUUCCUGGGCUCCGACGUGGUGGAGUGGCUCUUCCACCACAUCGAGGGAUUCCAGGACCGCCGCGAGGCCAGGAAGUACGCCAGCAACCUGCUGAAGGCCGGCUUCAUCCGACACACCGUCAACAAGAUCACCUUCUCCGAGCAAUGCUACUACGUCUUCGGAGACCUGAGCGACUGCGAGAACUACAUGGCCAACCUCUCCCUGAACGACAACGACGGCUCCAGCGGGGCCUCGGACCAGGACACGCUGGCCCCCCUGCCCCUGCCCGGGGCCUCCCCGUGGCCCAUGAUGCACACGUUCCCCUACCAGCCCUACCCGACGCACGCCUUCUCCAGCCAGCCGCCUCCGUACCACGAGCUCACCAGCUACAGCUACGCGCCCGGCAGCACGGGCAGCCAGCACAGCGAAGGGAGCCGGAGCAGCGGCUCGACGAGAAGCGAGGGCGAGCGGCGCCGCAGCACCAAAGGCCCGGGCAGCACGGUGGGCGGCGGCGGGGAGAAGUCGCCCUCCGGCGUGGGCGCGGAGGGCGACUCGCGCUCCGGCAGCGGCAGCGAAUCAGAGUACUCCACCCGCAGCAGCCUGAGGCGGGGCCACGGCUCGGCCGCCCCCAGCGAGCACAGCCACGCCUCCUCCCAGCGGUCGCAUCACCACCGCCUCCCCCAGCCGCCCCACAUGUCCCCCUACCCGCCGGGCAUCCUGCCGUACAACCCCAUGAUGGUGAUGAUGGUGCCCCAGCACGCGCACCCGGCCAUGGCCGCCCACGGCCACCCGCACGCGCAGCAGCUGGUCGCCGGCCCCAUGCACCCGACUCUGGCCCCGAUGCCCUCCUCCACCCCGGGGGGGCCCCCCGGCGCCCCGCCCACCCGCGACCUGGGCGCCGUGCCCCCGGAGCUGACGGCGUCCCGCCAGUCGUUCCACCUGGCCAUGGGAAACCCCAGCGAGUUCUUCGUGGAUGUCAUGUAGUUCUUUUUUUUUUUUUUUUUUUCUUCUUUUUCCUCGUUGUUUUUCCUGUGUCGUGGCGUCGAGUGACCUUUCGCGUGAAGUUGGUGUAUGGCUUCGCACUCCGGCGGUAGCUUUGUGCGCUCAAAGGGGGCCUUUCCGGAUUGAGGGCCGUGGUUGCAAAUUUGGUGAGAACAGGGUUUAACACUGACAAAGACGAGAUAUAAAGAAAAGGCAAGACGAAAACACUAAUGUGGAUAACAGUCUGACAACAUGUCAGCGAAUGUUCAUCUAUUAAAAUCCACUACAUUACGUUUUUUUUGUUUUUCCAAACUUCAAUCCCCCCCCCC